GUUGGACGUGUUCGCGUGCGUGCGGGGUCUCAGAUCUGAGAGCGCCUCGCGUCUCGCGUUGAGGGGGAUUUAGCACUGCGGCUGCCUUCGCACGCAGCCCAUCUCUUGCAGCGGUGGUCGAGACCAUGGCCGAGCUCGUCGCUGCUGCGGUACUGGAACUGCUGAGGCCCGAGCAAGCCGAGGAGAGAUACAGUGGCGCUGUUCACACCGCAGUCGCGGCGUGCGCUGAGGACACGGCGGGCCAGACGUGCUACAUCUGUUAUGGCGAGGGCGAUGAAGACGAGGGCCUCGUGCGCGGGUGCGCGUGCCGAGGCGAAGACGGUUUUGCGCACGUGUCGUGCUUGGCGCAGGGAGCACAGGCCGCGGUCGAGCGCCGCCGUCGCCACGGUGGGCCAGGCUUUGCGCGGUGGGUCACGUGCGGUCUGUGUGAGCAAGUAUACCACGGCGUCGUGAAAUGCGCGCUCGGGUGGGCGUGCUGGAAGACGUACGUCGGGCGGCCGGAGGGGGACUGGGAUCGGAGAGACGCGAUGACGCUGCUUGGGCUCGGUUUAGCCGAGGCAAAACGCCACGACGAGGCGUUGUCCGUGAGAGAGGCCGAGUUGUCUCUGCGGCGGCGCCUUGGCGAUUCAGAACACAACAUUCUCGUCGUGCAGAGCAAUCUCGCGACCACGUAUCAAGAGCUCGGACGGCUUGAAGAGGCCCUGCUUAUGCAGCGAGACGUAUACUCCGGACGUUUGGAGCUCAGUGGCGAAGAAAAUGAACAAACCCUCAUAGCGGCCAACAACUGCGCACUGUCCCUUAAUGGUCUCCAGCGCUUUGAAGAAGCCAAAACAUUGCUGCAUGAAACGAUGCCCGUGGCGCGGCGCGUUCUCGGAGAGAAUGAUGAUGUUACGCUCAAGAUGAGGAAGUCUUACGCGGCGGCACUCUACAGGGACCCCGCCGCCACGCUCGACGACCUCCGUGAGGCCGUGACGACGCUCGAGGACGCGGAAAGAAUCGCGCGGCGUGUACUUGGUGGCGCGCAUCCGCUCACAAUAAAGAUUGGGCGUGAUCUGCGAAAGUCGCGAGCCACCCUCCGCGCCCGCGAAGACCCCCGGGCUGAAUCGAUACGACUGCACAUGCGACUCCUCAAGCACGCGUCGGCCUGCCGUGACGCCAAUUGUCCGUCAGCGAACUGCCGAAAGAUGAAGGACCUGAUGCGCCACGGCGCGACGUGUACGACGAGAGUGCAGGGCGGCUGUGCUAUUUGCCGUCGCAUCUGGGCCCUGUUGCAGAUACACGCGCGGCAAUGCACCCGAGGUUCCUGUCCCGUGCCCAAAUGCGCUUCACUGAAAGCGCAACUCGCCCAAAUGCAGCACCAGGGCGCCGAGGGGGAAACUACGACGGCGAGCUAGGAUAUACUACGUAGAAUCAGUUAUCACGGGGGGAGGAAGCUUGCUUGAUCUUGGGUACGCC